AUGCAGUCAGUACAGCUGAUCUGUUGGACUCUGAAGUCAAAAAUUCAAAGACAGAAAAGACUAGUUCUGUCUGGCGUGCUAGUGUUUGGUGUAAUAUGGUUCAUGUUGUCUCAAAAGACUGCCCAUAUUCGAAGAGAAGUCAACAUACUUACAGCCCAGCCAUGCUCGGAUAGCGACUCACAAGAGGUUGUGGAGAAAAUUUGCUCGUUGUACAGAAACCAGGAAGUAACCGGGGACCUGUGCAGACCCUUGUGCGAUGAGCAGCUGGUGAAGUUUGUCCGCUGCCUUAAUUACAAACACGGCAAAUAUGUGAUGCAGGUGAAGUGCGCAAACUUCUGCACACCUGGUGAAUCCGUCUCGGCAGUUCUCAAAAUGACCCAUAAGAAUGUUUCGGAGCUUCAGGAGCAUCUGAAGCACAUAGAUAAGGAGUUGUUGGUGAAAAUGCAGCUGCAAGAGCAGGUUGAUAAAGUAAAGAUUCAAGAAUAUGCUAUAACUGCAAGGAGUUUGUCCAUCCUACUUCAGGAUCUGCUUCAGGCCGAGUAUGGGUUUACCCCGAGAGAUGGGCAGGAUAUGAUCAGCCUUCUAUGGAAUAACAAUUAUGCAGACCACUUUCAAGGAGCUCAUACCAAUUUAGUGUUUGCCAGGUCAUUUUGGUCUGUAGUUCUUCAGAAUGAAUACAGAAUCUCAAAAGUGUUCAGUGACUGGGACGUUUUCCCACAGAUAUAUGGGAGCUGCGGCCCUUUGUAUAUUGCGGAGAACGUUCCAGGCGUGACACCGUUUAAUACAAUUUUAUCUUACUUUGUGCCUGGAUACCAGUCGUGGAAAAACAGGGCACAGACAGCAAUCGCAAUUCUUCAUCUGGUUCAGCACAUGGAAAUGAUGGAGUAUCCUCUGCAUCUUUGCGAUGUGAAAUCGCCUCAUUUUGGGGUCAUGCCUGAUAACAACAAGGUGAAGUUCAUAGAUGCCGACACCGUUUUUGCAGAUGGUUCGUUGAGACGAGAUUUGGGGAUGCCUGCAUGUUCUCAGCAUGAAGACUGUGCUUUGUUUGACUGCGAGGGGUGGUGCCACAAGGAAACUGGCAAGUGUCGUCCAGUCAGAACAAAUAAUAAUUUACAGAUGGUGUGUGCUAAGGUUUUUAGAGGGCCCUUACUCUCCAGAAACACCGGCCUUUUGUCAUCGCCUCCAUCACACGUGGCCACGCAGCUCACCAACUUAGUGAACAGCUGUGCAGAUGAUGUUACUGAGGUCACCCAGGAAGGUAUCCAGAUGAAAACACCUGAUGACGGGCUUCUUCACGGCUUGGUCUCCUGUUUAACAGAGAGUAUGUCUACAUCUCGUUAA